AUGGCAGAGGGGAAUGUGAUAGACGUCACAAGCAAGAAGCUUGGUAAAACUGGACCCAAACCAACAAAGUAUAUAGAUGAGUUUGUGCAGUCAGUCCCUUUGUAUAAAAGGAUAGCAGAGAGAAGCUAUGGGGCUUCUCUUAGCAUAUCACAUGUGACCAUUCACAAGCUAAAGAAAAAAGGGAGGCUCAAGACACAUACAAGCACAAAUCACCCAGCCCUCAUAUCCAACCACAAGGUGGCAAGACUAAAAUGGGUGUUAAGUCAUCUGUUGUAUGUUGAACAGAACAACAAGCCAAAGUUUGAGGAUUUGCAGCAAUAUUUACACAUUGAUGAGAAAUGGCAAGGAAAUGUACUACAUGAUAGAGAGUAUGGAAUCUUUCCAUUAGUUUAUGAGACUACUGCAAAGAAAAAAAGCAAGAACAAAGAAGCUGGAACUGUGGAAAUAAAGGCAACACAGAAUGUAAACAAGGAUGCAAUUAGGGAAAUGAUUCUCAAUAAUGUGAUUCCAUUAGAAGGGUUCAACGUUCUGUUCAUUUAUCAACCAUCACAAACACCAGACUUGAAUGUGCUAGAUCUUGAAUUGUUCAAUGCAUUACAAUUCAUACAGUACCAAUCAUUCCCUAAGAACUUUGGGGAACUCAUUGACAAUGUCAAAAAGGCAUAUGACUCUUUUUAUCUUGUACUAAACAAGUACAGUUGGAUAACACUACAAUGCUGCAUGGAAGAAAUAGUGAAGCAUCUAGUUGGCAACAAUUUCACCCCACCACACAAAGGGGACAAAAGGCUGGAAAAGACUAGGCUUGCUACUAGAACAACUAGAUUUGGAGAGGGUUUCAGUUCAAUAAGCUGUUGA